UUAAUGUAAAAUGAAACGACUUGUUCACAUACGUACAUGUACAUUUAUACAUGUUAAUAUUAUUCGAUUACCACCAUCUGUACAAAUAAAUUCUUCUUUUUUCGGAUUAAACCCGAGUCAGAUGUAGACAUGCAAUCUUCUGAUGAACGAGUAACAGCAGGCAGACGAGCAGCAAGGUUUAAAAUUCUAGGAUUUGCCGCCAUAUUUUGUGUUGCCGGAAUUGGCUCAAUCGUGGCUAGCGUUCUUGUUAUGAUAAAAGAUAAUGAUAUGGAUGAAAAAGAAAAGAGAAAAGUUGAAAUUGUGCAAUAUGGUGGAAUUUGUGGGGGAGUUUUGGCGAUGUGCAAUGCUUUCCUCUUCACUUAUGUCUUGAUGAAAAUACCUAAUACGGACGGACUCAAACAGAUGAUGACAAAACAAUGCUAUGUUAUAAUAGCUUUAUUGCUUCCGUAUGUCGGUGGUACGGUUGGUAUAUAUUUAGUUGCAAAACCAUUCGAAGAUGAAAAGUUACAAACCUUGUGCUAUAUAAUCGCCGGAGGAUUUGCAAUCGUUGUUUUUUCAACGAUUUCUUAUUUACGUUUUAUGUGGACAUUUGCGCGAGCUUUUGGUGUGCAGUUGUGCAAAGGGAUGGAAGACGCUUCACAUAAACAAUCCGGACGGAACGACAAUACGGUGUACACAGUUGGGAUGAGUUAGGGCUAACUUCUUGUUUCCUCAUGUUAUACCGGUACUAGUUAUUUCAAAGAAGCUGAGUCGAGUGUGAUAUAUAUAAAUUUUCCAAGAUUUUGUUAGGAAAUAAAGAAUAAAGAAUAAAUUUCA